GGGCAGGUUGGGGAAAACGAUAAUUUCAAACGCGCGUCUGCACUAACGGUCCCGUUCAACGGUGAAGGGCGCUUCUGUUGUUUUCAAAUAAAAAGCAGGCGCACCGGCGGGACUGCGAUCGGAUCGGUUGCUGUUUACUGAGUUCAUUACGUAAGGAUCAUGGGGGAUGAAUGCGAAUGGAUGAAAUUGCCGAUUGACCAGAAAUGUGAACAUAAGGUGUGGAAAGCUAGACUGAAUGGCUAUGAAGAAGCUGCAAAAUUGUUCCAGAAGAUUCAAGAUGAAAAAAGCCCCGAAUGGUCCAAAUACUUAGGAUUAAUCAAAAAAUUUGUAACCGACUCCAAUGCAGUAGCCCAGCUAAAAGGAUUGGAAGCAGCACUUGUUUAUAUAGAAAAUGCUCAUGUAGCAGGACGAACCACUGGAGAAGUAGCAUCAGGAGUUGUAAAUAAAGUGUUCAACCAACCAAAGGCAAGAGCCAAGGAAUUGGGAAUGGAAAUAUGUCUAAUGUAUAUAGAAAUAGAGAAGCCUGAGCCUGUUCAAGAGGAGCUACUGAAAGGACUGGACAACAAGAACCCUAAAAUUGUUGUGGCCUGUAUAGAAACAAUAAGGAAGGCUCUCUGUGAGUUUGGUUCAAAAAUUGUACAACUCAAGCCAAUUGUCAAGGCUUUGCCAAAAUUAUUUGAAUCGCGAGAGAAAGCUGUUAGAGAUGAAGCCAAAUUAUUGGCAGUGGAAGUCUACAAGUGGAUUCGCGAUGCCUUACGACCACCACUGCAAAAUAUUAAUUCUGUGCAGUUGAAAGAACUUGAAGAAGAAUGGGUUAAAUUGCCAACUACAGCUCCCAGGCAGACCCGGUUUUUGCGUUCUCAACAAGAUCUCAAAAGCAAGUUUGAACAGCAUCAAGCAGGAGGUGAUGAUGAGGAAGGUGUUGAGGAAGAUGAAGCCCCUGUUGUGGAUGCGUAUGACCUUUUAGAACCUGUUGAGAUACUUUCAAAGCUUCCUAAAGAUUUCUAUGAAAAAAUUGAGGCCAAAAAAUGGCAGGAGCGGAAAGAAGCCUUGGAAGCACUUGAGGUGCUUGUGAAAAACCCCAAACUAGAAUCUGGAGAUUAUGCAGAUGUUGUGAGAGCACUUAAAAAAGUUAUUGGGAAGGACUCGAAUGUAUUGCUUGUGGCGUUGGGCGCAAAAUGUCUUGCGGGUCUAGCUUCUGGACUCCGGAAGAAGUUCCAAACCUAUGCUACUCAUGUGGUGCCAACCCUUUUGGAAAAGUUUAAAGAGAAGAAACCUCAAGUAGUUCAGGCUUUGCAAGAAGCUAUUGAUGCUGUUUUUCUUACAACCACAUUGCAGAACCUAAGUGAAGAUGUGUUGGCUGUAAUGGAUAACAAAAACCCAUCAAUCAAGCAACAAGCAUCUCUCUUCUUGGCAAGAAGUUUUCGUUACUGUACUGCUUCCACAUUGCCAAAAAGUCUUUUAAAGCCGCUUUGUGCUGCACUGCUUAAGCAAAUUAAUGAUUCUGCAGCUGACGUAAGGGAUGCUGCCUUUGAAGCACUGGGUACUGCUCUAAAAGUUGUUGGCGAAAGGUUAAUGAAUCCAUUCCUUGUUGAUGUUGAUAAGUUGAAACUUGACAAGAUUAAAGAAUGUUCAGACAAGGUGGAACUGAUUCAUGGGAAUAAAAGUGCUACUGCCACAAAAGCAGUAAAGUCUGCGCCGCAAGUCAAAGUUGCACCAUCUUCAAACUCUGGUGACAAAGUUGAUGCUCCUGCAACAAAAACUGCUGGGCCGCCAAAGAAACUUUCAAACAAGGUUGGACUAACUAAAAAAUUAAAAGGACCAGGACCUGCUUCUGCUCCAGGUGGGAAAGGGAAAAAAGCAGUGGAGAUCAAAGAGGUGGAGCCUGAACUUAGUAUUGAGGUUUGUGAAGAGAGAGCUGCAUCUGUGCUCCCAGCGUCCUGUCUGCAGCAACUUGACAGUAGCAACUGGAAGGAAAGGUUAGCUAGCAUGGAGGAGUUCCAGAAGGGAGUAGAAGUUGCUGAUAAGAAAGAGUUGCCUUGUCAAGCACUAGUGCGGAUGCUGGCUAAAAAACCAGGCUGGAAGGAAACGAAUUUCCAAGUAAUGCAGAUGAAAUUGCAUAUCGUUGCAUUGAUUGCUCAGAAAGGGAACUUUUCCGCAACUUCUGCUGAAGUUGUGCUGGAUGGGCUAGUUGAUAAAAUAGGAGAUGUAAAAUGUGGAAUGAAAGCAAAAGAAGCGCUCACUGCAAUAGCCGAAGCAUGUUCCCUUCCAUGGACUGCUGAACAGGUUGUUGCCAUGGCUUUUGCACAAAAAAACCCAAAAAACCAAGCAGAAGUUUUAAAUUGGUUAUCGACUGCUAUCAAGGAGUUUGGAUUUGCUGGGCUAAAUGUGAAAGCUUUCAUCAGUAGUGUGAAAACUGCUUUGGCUGCAACAAACCCUGCUGUACGAACAUCAGCAAUCACUUUGUUGGGUGUGAUGUACUUGUACAUGGGAGCACCCUUAAGAAUGUUUUUUGAAGAUGAGAAACCAGCUUUGCUGUCUCAAAUUGAUGCUGAGUUUGAGAAGAUGCAAGGACAAACAGCUCCCGCUCCCAUCAGAAAACUGGUUAAACGUGAUGCUGAUGACGAAGAAACCCCUGAAGAACAGGAUGAGGAAGAAAAUGGAAAUGUUCAAGAUCUCUUGCCAAGGACUGACAUAAGUGACAAGAUUACUUCAGAGCUUUUAGAAAAGCUGGGAGAUAAAAACUGGAAGAUCAGGAAGGAAGGUUUAGAUGAAUUGAAUACAGUACUGAAUGAGGCAAAACUUAUUCAGCCAAAUAUUGGUGAACUUCCUGGAGUACUGAAAGGACGGCUAAAUGACUCCAAUAAAAUUCUGGUUCAGCAAACUCUUGUGACCCUACAGCAGAUGGCAACAGCUAUGGGACCUAAUAUUAGGCAACAUGUGAAAACCCUGGGUAUACCAAUUAUCACCGUGCUUGGUGAUAGCAAGGCUAAUGUUCGGGCAGCAGCUCUUGCAACUUUGAAUUCUUGGGUUGAGAAGACUGGUAUGAAAGAAUGGCUCGAUGGUGAAGACCUUUCAGAAGAAUUGAAGAAGGAAAAUCCUUUCCUCAGGCAGGAGUUAUUAGGUUGGCUGGCAGAUAAAUUACCAACGCUACGAUCUGCAUCGUCUGACCUCAUUCUUUGUUUGCCUCAUCUGUAUUCUUGCUUGGAAGAUAGAAAUGGAGAUGUCCGAAAGAAGGCGCAAGAUGCACUGCCAAUGUUCAUGAUGCAUCUUAGCUAUGAGAAAAUGGUCAGGGCUGCUGGCAAGUUAAAGCCUACCUCAAAAGACCAAGUGGUAGUAGCUCUUGAGAAGGCCCAAGCUAUUGUGCCAGCCAAACCGGCAGCACCAUCUAAAACAUCUUCAAAAUCCAAUGCAGCCCGGCCAUCAAGUACAGUCUCCGUGCGUGCACAGAGUGCCACCAUGAAUGAUGAUACAGAUGCUGUUGCACUUAAAAAUGAUCCUAAAAAGAAUAAAAGUGGAUCUACUGCCAAAAUCAAGCCUGGAAUAAGUAAGAAAGUGCCAAGUAAACAAAAUCUUAAGGAUGAUGACGAUAAGUCAGGACCAAUCUUCAUAAUUAUUCCCAAUGCAAAAGAACAAAGAGUAAAGGAUGAAAGAGCUUUAAAGGUGUUGAAAUGGAACUUCACCACUCCACGAGAUGAAUAUACGGAGCAACUAAAAACCCAGAUGUCUAGCUGUGUAGCCAAAUGGUUGCAAGAUGAAAUGUUUCAUCCUGAUUUUCAUCAUCACAUUAAAGCUUUAUCAACUCUGCUGGAGCAUUUGGAAAGUGAAACAGAGGGGACUGUUGCUUGCCUAGAUCUUAUUCUGAAGUGGUUGACUCUACGGUUUUUUGACACCAACACAAGCGUACUGAUGAAAGUCCUGGAAUACUUGAAACUAAUAUUUACAGUGCUGAGCAAAGAAGAUUAUCAUUUAACUGAUAAUGAAGCAUCUUCAUUCCUCCCCUAUUUGAUUAACAAGGUUGGAGAACCAAAAGAUGUCAUUCGUAAAGAUGUUCGGUCCAUUAUGAACAUGAUGUGCAAGGUUUAUCCAGCUAGUAAAAUGUUCAGUUUUGUUAUGGAAGGACUGAAAUCAAAAAACUCGAAACAGCGAGCGGAAUGCUUGGAAGAGCUGGGUGCUUUAAUUGAAGUUUAUGACUUAAAUGUCUGCCAACCAACUCCAGCCAAAGCACUGAAAGAAAUUGCAAGUCAGAUUGGCGAUCGAGAUACGUCUGUCCGUAACGCUGCCCUAAACACAGUGGUUACUGUCUACAAUAUCUGUGGUGAUCAAGUUUUUAAAUUGAUUGGGAAUCUUUCUGAGAAAGAGAUGAGCAUGUUAGAGGAAAGAAUCAAACGAUCUGCUAAGAAAUCAUCAACUGUAUCAACCAAGCAAGUAGAGGAGAAAGCUUCGAGGACACAAGGACUAAAUCAAAACGCAACUGUACCACGCAAGGGCUGUGAGGAAAUGCCAUCCAAAUUGAAUCAAGCGCGCUCCAGCAAUGCUCACUCCUCAUCUGAAUCGAAUCCCACGAUUCCAAGGGAGUUCCAAUUGGAUCUUGAUGAAAUUGAAAAUGACAACAAUGCUGGCAGAUGUGAAUUACCAGAUCUGGUGCAACACAAACUUGAUGACCUGUAUGAACCAGUUUGCCUUCCAGAACCAAAAAAUCGUUCAGUUUCACCACACUUUGAUGAGAUACAUGGCAGCACUGAUUCUACUAUCAAUUUUGUUGUGUCGCAGGUGGCAAGUAGUGAUAUUAAUACCAGCAUCCAGGCUCUUGCACAGAUUGAUGAAGUUUUGCGACAAGAAGACAAAGCAGAUACUAUGUCUGGUCACAUUGACCAGUUUCUCAUUGCAACCUUCAUGCAACUUCGAUUAAUUUAUAAUACACACAUGGCUGAUGAAAAACUUAAUAAAAGAGAAAUCCUGAAACUCUAUAGCUGUAUCAUUGGGAAUAUGAUUACGUUGUUCCAAAUAGAAACAUUGGCCAAGGAGGCUUCAAUGGGAGUCCUGAAAGAUCUGAUGCAUGGAUUAAUAUUAUUGAUGUUGGACUCACGCUUGGAAGACUUAGAUGAAGGUCCACAAGUUAUACGAUCAGUCAAUUUGUUGAUGGUCAAGGUCUUGGAAAAAUCAGAUCCGACCAACAUCCUGAGUUCCUUGAUUGUGCUUCUGCAGGAUAGUCUUCUGGCUACAACAAAUAACACUCCAAAGUUUUCAGAACUAGUUAUGAAGUGUUUGUGGCGUAUGAUACGCCUUCUCCCAAAUAAUGUGAACAUUAUCAAUGUUGACCGAAUUCUUUUGGACAUACACAAUUUCAUGCGGGUUUUCCCAAGGGAGAGAUUAAAGCAGAUGAAGAGUGAUCUUCCCAUGAGAACACAGAAGACGUUACUUCAUACACUUUGCAAGUUAUUGGGACCUAAGAUUAUGGAUCAUCUGGCAUUAAUUGAGAAUAAGAAUGAAUCUGAACUUGAGGCUUAUCUGCGACGAGUCACUAAACACUCCAUGGCUUUGACAGGUGGAAAGAUUGAUUCAGACACAGAAAAGGGUGGUUCGACAAUAGAAGAUAAAGAAUCAAAAGCAAAGAUAAGUGAAACUUUGGCAGAAAUAUUCAAGAAGAUUGGAUCCAAAGAAAACACAAGGGAGGGGUUAGCAGAACUUUACGAGUACAGAAAGAAGUAUUCGGAUGCAGACAUUGAACCGUUCUUGAGGAAAUCUUCUCAGUUCUUUCAGAAUUACAUUGAAAGGGGUUUGCGACUUGUUGAAAAUGAGAGAGAAGGAAAAGGAAGAAUUUCUUCGUCGUCCAGUUCUGGGUUUUCAUCACCUGCAGACGAGUCACCGUAUGUGGCAAGUUCCACCUCCGUCCCUUCUGCGGUUAGUACUAAUGGAGAAGAAGUUGGUCCAGCUGUAUACUUGGAAAGAUUAAAAAUUCUGCGGCAGCGUUGUGGCUUAGAAAAUAAUUCAAAGCAUGAAGAAAGACAGCCUGCAACCUCACUUCUGUCUAAACCAACAGUCCCUACAGUUGCAUCAUCCUCUGAGCUGCUACAUAAUAAACUCGCCCAUCUUCGAGAUUCACGGGAAUACAACCAAGAACAAGAAUCUCAUCAUCCACCAAUGCAGACCAACAGUAAUACCACUUCAGCAGCUAACCUUGACGAUCUGAAGAAAAGACUGGAGCGAAUAAAAAGCAGUCGUAAAUAGAUAACCCAUAAAUAACGGUGCAAUCGUGAAGUGUGGUAGAGGCCUCUUCAUUGUUGUUGGCCUCCUGUUGACCUAGUAUGUAUAAUUUUUCCAUUUAUGUACAAUACAGUGACUAACUGUAUAUUGUGACAUAAUAUAUUUCUGUAUAUAGGCUUCUGGACUGCAUUAACAACAAAUACUAAGAACUGUUGUGCACUUGUGAACAUUCACACUGACAUUUCUAGAACCAGUUAAAUUUUUAUAAUUUCAGCUAGCUUCUCUAAGGUUCUUAUACCUAUAUUCAAAAGCAGAAGAACAUCUGGAUAGUAUCAGAGUAACUUGCUGGCUACUGUGUAUUGCUCAUGUCUCCAUUUGAAAUUUUAUUGGCAUCAGGUGAUAAGAUUGAGGCUUUGAGCUUAUUUCAGACCUUGCUGCCUGUAUUUCUGUUUUUGACUAAUGCAGCACCAUCUAUUAAAUAUUGAGAUGAAAGUCUGUUAUCUGACUAGAUGUCUGUUUAGUUCCUUUUAGAAAGUUUAGAACGUUCUGACUGUUGCUUGUUGUGUUUUUUCAUUCCCUGUGAUCAGCUCAACUUGAAAUGUGUUGAUUCUGUACGGAAUCAUGAAGCAUGACAUGAGGUUAUGAAUAUUUAAGUGUUUUUUUUUUAAUAAAGACAAUUAAAACAAAGAUCUGUGGUACAAGUUAACCAAAUUAAACUGUAUUAUAAUUAAGAUUUUUUAAAGCAAUAACUUGUGGAUAGUUAUAGCUGUUAAAUUGGUACUUUUAUAGCUAGGGCCCUGUGUAAGUCAAACUUUUUAUAGAUUUCAUGGAAGGAUCAUGACCAGAGCGAUUUCACAAUUGGAAGAUGUUUUCUUUCUCAUAAAAACACUGGGGAAACAUUACUACAAACAUAAUAAAUGAUAAAUAUUGAAA